AUGGCUGAAUCCUUGUUCUUACUGAAGCUGAAAUACCUGGUAGGACUGACUGUCAUACUCUGUAUAUUUGCCUUUGUGUUUGUAGAUCCUGCCUGUCGCCUGAAUAUCCUUGAGGCCUAUGAGGAAUAUGAAUAUAUUCAAGAAGGUGAUGUUAUUAUUGGAGGAAUACUGACUGUAAACUCUUUCGCAGUUCCAUUUGAUGACGAGGACAACAUGGUGAUGUGUGGAAGUACUCUCCUCCAGUAUUACAGACAAUUUGUGGAUUUUAUUUUUGCUAUUGAGAAAAACAACAAGGAUGCAUCGUUGCUCCCCAACCUGACCCUGGGGUACCAUAUAUACGACUCCUGUGGGGACCCCCGGAAGGCUGUGAAGAGUGUGUUCCAAAUAUUAUCUGGUACCAGGGAGCCGGUUCCCAAUUACUCCUGUGUGGGAAAGAGAAACAUUGCUGGUUUUAUUGGGGAUCUCGCCUCAGAUACAACUGUGCCCAUAGCCCAGAUUCUGAGCCUGCUUGGUUAUGCACAAAUCAGUUAUGGAGCUACAGGUGAUUUGCUGAGUGACAAAGUUGCCUUCCCGUACUUUUUCAGAACGGUAGAAUGUGAUAACAGUCAUUAUUUUGCUUUAAGUAAAUUACUGAAAUAUUUUGGCUGGAUUUGGAUUGGAAUCCUUAGAUUCAGCGAUAACAGCGAAGACUUUCAGCUGCUGUCAGAUCACCUCUCCAGCAAUGGGAUAUGUGUUGAGUUCCAUAUAAAGAUACAUAAUUACAACACUGAUGUCAAUUAUAAGCCUUAUAAGGAAAUCAUUCAAAAAUCCUCAACUGAUGUGAUUAUCUUCUGUGGAACAGCGUCGGUGCAUAUGAUAGCGGGGCUGAGUUAUCUGUCAGAUGCUUUCAGUGAAAAGACGAUAAUUGUUUCCUAUACGGUAGCCGCCAACAGUCACAUUCUGGAUCAUGCACCAACAUUAUUUCUUGGUUGCUUAGGGUUGCUCCAACAUUUCUCUUCUUCUAUUGAUAGUCCUGAAAGAAGACUUUUUCUAGAGAAUAUCUACCCUUUAAAAUACCCAGAAGACAAACUACUUGACAAUAUUGGGAUACGAUAUCAUUCAUGUUUGUCAAAAGACCAAAUGAAAAAUUAUUUGUUUGAACAAAUUCACAACCGCAAACUUCACAACUGCACAGGAUGGGAACGCAUCUCAGAUCUUCGCCAGUUUGACAACAAGUUUUAUUCUCCCCAAGUUCUUCUUGCAGUUUAUAUGAUGUCUCGUGCAAUUCAGGAUAUUUACAUCUCACACAGGAAACAAGCUCUUAAAGGUGAAAUAGAGUACAGAUUCCAGUUACAUCAUUACCUUGAAAAUCUUCCCCAUGAAAUCACAGGGGCCCAAAUUUCUUAUACUAACAAUGGAGAAUUUGUCCCUCAGUACGUGAUCUAUAAUUGCCUUCUGGAUAUGGAAAGUCAUAUUAUUGUGGCCUACGUUGGCAAGUUUACACCUUGGGCUCCAUCAGAUGAGAGUCUUCAUACAGAAUUAAUAAAAUGGAAGACCAACAAUAGUCAGAUCCCAAGAGCUCAGUGUACAGAAAGAUGUCUUCCUGGUUACAGGAGGGCCCCAAGGGAAGGAGCCCCUGCUUGCUGCUAUCAUUGUGUCCCAUGUUCAGAGGGAGAAAUUUCCAAUAUAACUGACAGUGAAAAAUGCAUCAGAUGCCCAGACAUGGAAUGGCCCACUAAGAAAAAGAAAUGGUGCAGACCAAAAAGGAUAGAAUUUUUGUCAUAUUCCAAAGAUGUGAUUUCAGUUCUUUAUGCAAUGUUCUCAUUUAUAUUUUUUCUUAUAACUGUACUGGUAUUAGCAGUUUUUAUUAGUUAUCAGGACACCCCCAUAGUGAGAGCCAACAACCGGAGCCUGAGCUUCCUCCUCCUUGUCUCCAUCAAGCUGAGCUUCCUCAGUGUGUUUCUGUUCCUCGGUCGCCCUGUGGAUAUAACCUGCAUGCUGCGCAUCAUCACUUUUGGAAUCACCUUCUCCAUAGCUGUCUCUUCUCUCCUGGCCAAGACUAUCAUGGUUUGUGUUGCUUUCAAAGCCACCAAGCCAGGGAGCUCAUGGAGAAAAUGGCUGGGAGUCAAACUGUCCAAUUCUGUAGUCUUGUUCUGCUCAUCCAUUCAAAUAAUCAUCUGCAUGACUUGGUUGGCCAUUUCUCCUCCCUUUCAGGAACUGGACAUUCACACUUCCCCUGGAACCAUCAUCAUUCAGUGCAAUGAGGGCUCAGCUAUUGGCUUUUACUCAGUUAUUGGGUAUAUGGGGCUUCUGGCAGCUGUUAGUUUUGUUUUAGCAUUUUUAGCUCGGAGCUUACCGGACAGUUUUAAUGAGGCCAAGUACAUCACUUUCAGCAUGCUGCUCUUCUGCAGUGUUUGGAUCACAAUGAUCCCGGCCUAUCUGAGCACCAAAGGCAAAAACACUGUGUGUGUGGAGAUAUUUGCCAUACUGGCCUCAAAUGCUGGACUUCUGGUGUGUAUAUUCCUACCAAAAUGCUUCAUAAUUUUAUUUAGGCCUGAAAGAAACAUAAAAUCAGUUAUGUUUGGGAGGAAUAAUGUUUAA